AUGCCGCUGGACGAUGAGUACGAGAAGAGGCGAGCGAAGGCUUACCAGGACUACGACAUUAUUUGCAAGCAGUUCCCUGUGCUGCUGGAGAAGAUGGACGCGCUGGAUCCGCCGAAGAAGAGGACUAGGCGAUCCGCGAAGAAGAGGAAAACUGAAGCGGAGAAGAAGCCCGACGACGACCCGCCGCCGGCCCUGACCCCGGAGAUCAGGGCGCGGUACAAGGAGCUAGCCGUGGUCAUCAAGGGCUACCUCCAGGAGCUCGGCGACGACGUCGACGGGGAGGCGGCGGCCGGAGGCAGCACAGGCCAGGCAGCUCCGCCACCGCCAACUGCAGCGGGAGACGAGCAGUAAAUCAAAAGCUACUUGCCCGUCCUACCGUGCCCUGCGCUUGCUCAAUGAGGAGGCCGCCUGUGCCCCUGCUGGCGGAUUAUCCCCGUCCAGUAACAAUAACCAGUUUCCA